AUGUCGCAGACAAACUUUGUUGAUAAUGCGGCCGUCGUGGGCACCGAGUUGUUGGUUCCCAAGGCAUUCCUCGCCCGGCCCUACGUGUGGCCUUUUGCCAUUAUCUACCCAAUUUUCCUCCAGGUAUAUUUCUUCCAGUAUGAUGUAUACAUCAAGGGCCAGGAAUGGACGUUUGUCUACCUUAUGGCCCUCGGCUCCUUCAACAUGUUGUUCUGGUUGAUGCCCUUUUGGAACAUCGACAUCAACACCAAGUUCAACUAUUCGAAGGUGAACACCAUUGACGAGGCAAAAUAUAUUAAGGUGGAUCCUGCCCCUAAUUCAGGUACGGGUGAAAUCUGUUUGAUCUCUAGAGAAAAGUUCCCUGAUGGCGAAACCCAGAUCAGCUUUGCCUACCAAAAGAGACGCCAUUUGUUACACUCUGAAACUGGUAAGUUCAGUCCCCCUCAAUAUUUGGUGGACCAGUUGCCCAAGUUAAGUGUGUUUCAAAGUUCUACCGGGUUAAAAGGCGACUUGGAAAAGUUGGCCAGAAACUAUGGUGCCAACCGAUUCGACAUUCCGUUACCAACGUUUUUGGAAUUAUUCCAAGAACAUGCUGUUGCUCCAUUUUUUGUUUUCCAGGUGUUCUGCGUGGCGUUAUGGUGUAUGGAUGAACAAUGGUACUACUCAUUGUUUUCGUUAUUUAUGUUGGUCUCCUUCGAGAUGACCACUGUGUUCCAAAGAAGAACCACCAUGGCAGAAUUCCAGAGUAUGGGUAUCAAACCAUACCCAAUUUAUGUUCAUCGUGAUGGCAAAUGGGUAAAGUUGCAAACUGAUGGCUUAUUACCAGGCGACUUGGUUUCUUUAACUAGAACCAGUGAAGAUAGUGCUUUGCCCUGUGACUUGUUAUUGGUGGACGGUUCUGCCAUUGUUAAUGAGGCCAUGUUGUCGGGUGAAUCCACUCCUUUGUUGAAAGAGUCUAUCAAGUUGAGACCCGGUGAACAAUCCAUUGAGCCUGAAGGGUUUGAUAAGAAUUCGUUAUUGCACGGUGGUACUAUGGCAUUGCAAGUUACUCAACCUGAAGACCCAAUUGUUCCUUUGGCUCCUGAUAAUGGUUCUUUGGCCUAUGUCAUCAAGACUGGGUUCGAGACCUCUCAAGGGUCCUUGGUGCGUACCAUGGUGUACUCGAGUGAAAGAGUCGAUGUGGGCAACAAGGAAUCUUUCUUCUUCAUUUUGUUCUUAUUGGUGUUCGCCGUGGCUGCCUCGUGGUACGUUUGGGUUGAAGGUACAAGAAUGGGAAGAAUCCAGAGUAAGUUGAUUUUGGAUUGUAUCAUUGUCAUCACCUCUGUGGUUCCACCAGAAUUGCCCAUGGAAUUGACCAUGGCCGUUAACAGUUCGUUAUCUGCCUUGCAAAAGUUCUACAUAUACUGUACUGAACCUUUCAGAAUUCCUUUGGCAGGUAGAAUUGACGUGUGUUGUUUUGAUAAAACCGGUACUUUGACCGCUGAAGAUUUGGUGUUUGAAGGGUUAGCUGGGUUCAAUCCAGAUGAUAUCCACCACUUGUACUCGGCUGAAGAAGCUCCAGAAACUACUUCCUGGGUGUUGGGAUCUGCUCACGCUUUGGUGAAAUUGGAUGAUGGUGAAGUGGUCGGCGAUUCUAUGGAACAAGCUACUUUGAAAGCAGCUAAAUGGUCUGUUGGUGAUAAGGAUUCGGUUGAAAGAAGUAGAGGUAAUGGAAAGAUGGAAAAGAUUAAGAUCUUAAGAAGAUUCCAAUUCUCUUCAGCUUUGAAGAGAUCUUCUUCUAUUUCUUCCAUUAAUACUUUACAGGGAAAGAACUUGGUUAGUGUUAAAGGUGCUCCAGAGACUUUGCGUAAUAUGAUUGUCGAUUUGCCUGCCACAUAUGAAGAAACGUACAAGUCUUUUACCAGAGCUGGUUCCAGAGUCUUGGCCUUGGGUUACAAAUAUUUACCUCCUACUGUGAAUGCCACCAAGAUUGCUAGAGAAGACAUUGAGUCUAAGUUAAUUUUUGCCGGGUUUAUUGUUUUCCACUGUCCAUUAAAGGACGAUGCCAUCGAAACCAUCAAGAUGUUGAACGAAUCUUCCCAUCGGUGUAUAAUGAUUACUGGUGAUAAUCCUUUAACUGCUUGUCAUGUUGCUAAAGAAGUUCGUAUCACUACCAAAGAUACCUUGAUUUUAGAUGCUCCUGAAGAGCAUCAUGAAGUUGGAGGUCACAACUUGGUAUGGAGAAACGUUGAUGAGACUGUUGUGAUCCCAGUGAAGGCUGCCGACAAGAUUGACACUAGCUUGUUCAAGAAGUAUGAUAUUUGUCUUACUGGAUAUGCUUUAAACUACUUGGUUUCUCACGAACAGAUUUUGGAUUUGCUCAAGCACACCUGGGUGUUUGCUAGAGUUUCACCUGCUCAAAAGGAAUACUUGUUGAACACGUUAAAAGAUGCUGGAUACAAGACCUUGAUGUGUGGAGAUGGUACCAACGAUGUUGGUGCUUUGAAACAGGCUCACAUUGGUGUGGCUUUAUUGAACGGUACUGAAGAUGGAUUGAAAAAGAUUGCUGAAAACAGAAAAAUCGGUGCUACUGUCAAGGUGUAUGAAAAGCAGAUUGCUUUGUUCCAAAACUGGGGCAAACCACCUCCACCUGCUCCUUUGAUUAUUGCUCAUUUGUAUCCACCUGGACCUUCUAACCCUAAGUAUUUGGAAGCUAUGAAGAAGAAAGGUGUUGAAAUCACUUCUCAAAUGGAAAAGACUGUUGAAUAUGCAAUGAAAACAGGAAAAACUAUCACUGUUGAUAAAUCUAAGGCUGCUCAGGCUGGUGCUGGCGGAAUUGGUGAUGCAUUCUUGACUGCUUUGAACGAUGCUGAAGAAGAAGACGAAGCUCCUACCUUGAAAUUGGGAGAUGCAUCUGUGGCAGCUCCAUUUACGUCCAAAUUGGCCAAUGUUUCUGCUGUGAUCCACAUCAUUCGUCAAGGUCGUUGUGCAUUGGUGGCCACCAUUCAAAUGUACAAAAUUUUGGCUUUGAACUGUUUGAUUUCUGCUUACUCGUUGUCUGUGUUGUAUUUGGCCGGUAUCAAGUUUGGUGAUGCACAAGCCACGAUUUCCGGUAUCUUAUUGUCUGUUUGUUUCUUGUCCAUCUCCAGAGGUAAGCCAUUGGAAAAGCUUUCAAAGGAAAGACCACAAGAUGGGAUUUUCAACAAGUAUAUCAUGGGGUCUAUCUUGGGACAAUUUGCUAUUCACAUUAUCACCUUGGUUUACAUUACCCGUGAAAUUUACAUCUUGGAACCAAGAGAACCUCAGGUGGAUUUAGAAAAGGAGUUCUCUCCUUCAUUGUUGAACACUGGUAUGUUUUUAUUACAAUUGGCCCAACAAGUGUCUACAUUUGCUGUCAACUACCAAGGUGAACCAUUCAAGGAAAACAUCUCCCUGAACAAGGGUAUGUACUAUGGUUUAUUGGGGGUUGCUGGUUUGGCAUUGUCUGGAUCCACCGAAUUCAUGCCUGAAUUGAACGAAGCUAUGCAAUUCGUCAAGAUGGAUGUAGAGUUCAAGACCAAGUUGACUGGAUCCAUUCUCCUUGAUUUGGGUGCUACAUAUGGUAUUGAGAUUUUGUUGAAGUUUUUGUACAUGAACUCAGCACCUGCCGAUAUUGCGAUUAGAGACGAAGAAGAGGAAAAGCUGGACAUUAGUGCUUAG